CGAACGCGACUCCACGAUCUGUUCAAUGUGCUGCAUCUUCAGACGGCUAAGUUCCGAAACAACGCAGAUCAAGGACAAAAAGACAGCGUCCUGAUGCCCUUUCGAGGGCCGGGGCGCUCUCUUCGGGACGAAAGAAUUAUGGCGCUCUUCUCAAAUAAUGUGAUGAUGCGCGGCCCUAUGAGGUACUACUACAUCCUCAUCGCCAUGGGAGUAGUUGCUCCCGCGUUCGUUCAAUCUCUGCAGGUGGCCCGUAAUAACAAGAAAACUCUCGACCAGCCGAAAGGAUCGAUUCCGACAUCCAACUUGCGGCCCGUAGAAGAGUUCUACGUGGACAAGCUGCGACACUCUGGCGUGCUCGCCCGAACGACAGAUCACCAGGGAAAUAAAAGCACGAGUGCAAGAGCAUCGGCUGCAGCUUCUUCCCUGCAAGAGGCCUUGCAGGAAAAGGCCAUCUCUCACUACCAAGCCGAGUCGUCCGAUGGGUUGGCGGAAUUAAAGCAAGAAAAACUCGUUUUGAAGAACAAAAAGAGCUACGACGUGCUGUUCCUCGUGCGCGCUUGGCAACUAACGACCGAGCAGUACACGCGCCUACGGGAAGAGGUGCUGGACGUGAAUGCAUUUCACGGUGAGGAACGGCUAAAGGAGCUAAAUCUGCACAGCGAAAAUCUGCCUGCUGUGAGUUCCGCCAGAAAACCGAAGAUCCAAAAUCUCCACAUGGUCAUCUCGUACGACAUCAGCGGCAGGAGAAAAGAAGACGUCUACCAAGAGAUUGAGAAGCAGCACGGCCUUCAGGUUGACAGGGAGAGGCAAUUGAUCAAAUUCUUCUAUGAUCAAGACGACAUCACAGCGCCGCAGCACCAGCAGCAGGAUCAAAGUGCUCAAAAAACAGCUACUCUCCCGAUCCACUUUCUGGAUCAGAACGGAAACAUGAAGGAGCGGUACCAGACUUGGCGGGAGUUCGAGGCGCCGUGGCAAUUCGACGAAGUGAAAAACUACGGCUGGAGCUACCAGACGGAAGCGAGGGACAGCGCCAUCGCGUUCAUGGAAACGAAGGAGAACCUGGAGUACGACUUUGUGUUCGUCGGCGAGGCGGACGUGGGGUGGACGGGGAUAUCACACAGAAAAAAACUGGCAGGGCAUAUCUGUAAUGCAAAAAUAAAUAGACAAAAAAAUCUGCAUUGCAUAACUGAAACAGCAUGCUAUGGGGCCAAGCAUGACAGAUUUUUCUGUGCAUUUAUUUUUGCAUUACAAAUAUGCCCUGCCAGCUUUUUUCUGUGGGAUAGGGGAAGCGGUUUUCCGAUUUUUUCGCGCUCUCGGUCGCGACGCAGCCGGAUGAGGAUUUGCUGGUUUCGGUCCGCCGCCGACCGUGCGAAAAUAAAGUAGAGCACAACGAGGACUCUUCUUCUUCUUCGUGCAAUAAAACACAUGGGGGUUGGGGCUACGACAAGCCCUACACGAGAGUCGCCGACUUGCCGGAAGUCCCCGAGUACAAUCUGAAGUUCCACACGCCGAACUUCUUCCGCUUCCUGCAGGGAAAGCUGAAAGAAAACAUGUGGCUCGCGGAAGAGCACUUCCUUCGCCUGUCUAGACCGAUGCUUCGCGAACUUCGGCGGCAGUUUGACAAGUUCGACGUGAGCGGCGCCAGCGAGGUCUCCGUCCCGUCGAUUUGCAAGCGGUUCGAGAAUUUUUAUCACAGCGAGCAGCGGGUCGGCGAUCAGGAUCAGCAACCUCUUUCGAAGAUGAACUUGUUAUCCUGUGGUGUCAUCGCGCCGGAGUUCAUUUCGCCAUUGUUCGACUGGAAAAAGCUGUCGCCACCUGGUAGAGGAGAGGCGUUCUUCGCGGAUUUGAAGGAAAAGCAAACGAAAAAUGAUAUGACCUCCACGCGUGUCUCUGUCGCCGGAAAGGAUGAGCAACGCGCUGCGGCGGGCAUUGGGCAACUUGUCCAUCCAGUGAAGUGAUAGAUGUAUCUGGAAGUUUGCGAUUUUUCCUGAAGAUUCAUGUAGAUGUAGAAACAUAAAGCCUUCAGAAACGAAACAAACUGCAGAAAAGAAUGUGCUACCGCGUGCCUCUUCUUUUCCAAUCAUACGACCGAAACCAACCUAUUUAAGUACAACAUGAAGCUCACUCUGUGAUGGAGCGCCAGGGGUCCGUACCCACUUUAUGAUGGAACUCAACACCCAAUAGAUGUGCGUCUGUAUAGUAUCUCGCUUCAGUAAAU